AAAAUUACACUAAUUAAUUCAGUAGUUUGAUAUUUCCAAGUUUAAACAGAAUGUUUGUAAUGAAGUAUUAAGACAGAUGAAUAUACCAAGUACCUUUUAGUAUUGAACGAUAUCCAGUAGAAAUUCAUUUAAAAGAAUCAAAAUGUAUUAAAUGUUCAUUGUAUAUUAUAAUGUGAUAAAAGGAGACCAGAUAACAUAACUAGAAGACACGUAAACUAAACUCAUUUUACACAACUUUUCACUAGUUACAUUCAAUCACUAAAUUUACUUCAUAAAAUCUGUUGACUCAUUUAAGUUAUUGACCAGAUCAGAAAGUUGAUUGACAAAAUCUGUUCAGCUUUCAAGACUAGAUAACACUGACUUUUCACUAGAUUAUUCCAAAAGAACUACCGUAUUUACCCCCAUAAAAACUCACUGGAAACUAAACGAUCUCCACGAAUCUCUUACUUUGAUGAUAAUUAAGUUCUGAUUGGUGACUAGCUUCAAGGAUUUUUAGUGUAAAACUGUAACUGAAAUAGUUCAUCUAUGUUAGAAAUGAUCUCAUUGUAUCACGAAAUCAAUAAAGUUAGAAAUGUUGACCCUUGUUUGUCAAUUCAGAGGUAUGUGGCUGCAAUUUUCACCACAACGUCUAAAGUUACUGGGUUUGAUCCACAGAGCAACUAGCCAUUCCCACUAUCACGAAGUCCUAAACUAAAAAGGAGCAACUUACCAAUGUACUUUAGUCCUCAUGCUCCUUCAACUAAAGUUAUCUCGCGAUGAAAACAAACUUCUAUUGGUUAUUCUUAAACUUAGAUGUUUAAAGUUCCAAAAAUUUGAUAAUCUCAUAAAAAUUGUUCAUUGCUGUAAAAUAUGUUUUUCAGAGUCUGGACUAUAUGACAAAACGAUAUGGAACAUUUACAAGUGUAUCAUCUACUAAUCGAGCAAGUGAUUAUAACUCAUUGGUUCACUCUGAUAAACUUAUUUUUAACUCAUUCGGACAAAAAUCGAUAAGAUUAUCGAAGUUCAAUUCAGCAAGGAAUAUCAACAAAAUACCUUUUAAAAAAGAAUAUCCGGAUACAUUCCUUACAAAUGACAAGAAUAAAGAACCAUUUAUUAUAAGAAAUGACAAAUCUUCGGAAGCAAUACUUAUGAAUGAAAACUUUACAGGAUCAUUAGGUACUAAAAACAAUCAAAAAAUGAUGAUGGAAAAACAUUAUUCAAUUGUUAAUGCAACAGAUAUUUUUCCAGUUGCAUGUCCAUUGUUACUUCGAUCAUGGUUGAAUGAGAUAAAACACUACAAAUAUUUUAAACAUCUAAACAAACUUAGACAACUAGAUGAGACUACAUUGGAACACAGUGCUGAACUGAACUAUGAUGAAAAUAAAUCAUUAGAAAAAGCUUUUAUGAAUGUUUUGAUUAAUCCAUCAAAAUUCGACAAUCAGUUUUUGUCAACUUUAAGUAUGAUAUCAAAUAAAGGCUGUCGAUGCAGUCGUCAUAUACCACCGACUAUCACUGACUUAGAAUUUGAUAUAUUCUUGAGUAAAUUGAUACAAUCAUAUCAGGCUGCAGUGAUAAUCGUUUACGAUUCCAGGUAAGACAUAUUUUCUUAAAAAAGUAUUUCAAUGAAACUGAUUCAAUUUGUACCCGGUAUUUACGUUAUAUAUUUAUAAAAAUCAAUGAAAAGUUAUCAGAUUGAAUUAACCUUUAAUUGUAUUAUUAUCGUUAAAGCUUGACUUGUAAGCCGGCUCCCUAACUCCAUGAUGAACGAAUGAGCCAUGAACAUAAAUUACUCGUUUAUUUUCGUAUACUCCACUUAGACUAAUGCCAUUUGAGCGACAGCGGUAAUGAAAAGCCAAACAUUAAUUUAUUUUAUGUAUUCGUUUACUCAGAAACACAUUAAGAUGAGAGCUAGAGAGGAUCGAUGCGUCAAUUCAAUUUAACUAAGACGUGAUCUAACAUUUACAAUUACCAAAGAUAUAAGCAAGUAUAUAGACACAUCAUACUAUCAAACGUACAUGCUCAAGAUCAUAUACAAGAAUGAUAAAAUGACUGAGAAGGUUAAUAUAACUCAUUAGCCUAAAGGUAAGGGUAAAUGAUGUAGUCAACAAUCUGAUUAAAUAAAAUAUUGAGAUUACUAAGGUAACUAAAUUGAUUGAAUCAAUACCUAGAAGCUUAAUCAGAUAGAAUUACUAUUCAAUUAAUCGAAGAUGAAUAUUUUACGAGAAAUUUAUAGUAUUGUUUAUGUGUAAAAUAUUCAACCUGACUAGUAGCUGCAGAAUAUGUUCUUGUCAAUGAAGUUUUUAGCCUCAUAUUGACUGACCCAGUGAUAUCAUCACCUUUGAAUUUAAGCUGAAUAAAAAACCUAUUUUUAUUUGUUGUAGUUUCUCUGGUUUUUUAAUCUUCACAUUCCUCAUAUUUCUCAAUAAAGUCUUGUGAGUAUCCGUUAUUCUUUAAUUAUUCAUUACUUCCUCUUCUAG